AUGAUAAUCUGCUGCGACACGUCAAUCAUAUGCCAUGAUCUCCAUCUGAACCGCGGCUUCAUCCUCACGCCCGGAAAUCACCCGACACCACGGCUGGAACUGCUAGACGGUUGGCAACAGCACGCAUGGGGGUGCUGUUACUUCGAGUCCUCGAGUGGUCCCACUCAGAUCCCUUCCCAGCGCUACCUGCACGUUCGUCACACGAAAUCUCCCCUACUACUGCACAGCUUUAGAGCCCCACUCGCUACGUAUCCUCCGAGGCUACUUCUGCAGCAAGUAUUGAGAGGUCAGACUGCAUACCACCGAGACAUUCAUGGCCACGAGACCAUCGUUGCCGUCUUUCGUAUCGAGCGUCAGAGGACUCCGCCACGAUCUGGAUGUCGGAAGUGCCCAUGA